GUAUAGAGUUUAUCCCAAGAGAAACACGAGUAUGUUUAACAGCUAAAACUACUUCAGAUGUGGCCCUUGGGCGAACAUAAACUGAUAUCAGUGGCGGGGAACUGAAUAAUGCGGCUACCAAAAUAUUAAAUUAGCCAAAUAUCACUCUAGACAGCUGAUAUAUAACGACUAUAGAAUGUUUUAAUUUUCUUGCAUUUUUAAAAACAACAUUAAUUUAUUCCUGGGCAAAGGUUCUAUCGUCAAGCUUCACUUAGGAACAAAUGGCAUAUAUGUCCGUAAUAUGCGGCCUUUUGGUCAUAGUUGAGCGAGUUGGGCCUGCAUGGGGCGCCAAGGGACUGGAGAAGCACUGGGAUAGAAAAACUACUAGAGGCCACGAACUCGACAGCAUUAAUCUGCUAAUCUACAUUGGACUUCUGCUGUUAACAAUCAUAACUCAAUGGAUUUUCAAGCGCUAUCGUUUUUGGUACGUUCACUACACUGGACUGGCUCUUGCGUAUGGAAUGAUAACUGGCUUAGUGAUUAAAUAUGCUGGUGGCAUAAAGAAAUCCCAUUAUACAGUUAACUGUACCAUGCCUGGCGCCAAGGAUAUUAUCUGGAUGCAAGUACAAAAUGGAACCAGAUACUCUUAUAAACUCUCUGGCCCUGUGUUACCCACAGAAGGGGGAGGAGAGUUAGAGGAAAAGGCUGUGUUUGAUCCUGAGAUCUUCUUCUUUGUUCUUCUUCCACCAAUUAUAUUCUUUGCUGGUUAUGAUAUGAAAAAGAGAUUCUUUUUUAGGAAUAUUGGGGCUAUCCUAGCAUAUGCUUUUGCUGGCACUACAAUUUCCUGCAUGGUAUUUGGGGUGAUAGUGUAUGCAUACACAAAGUUUGCAACAGUGUACAAGGACUUUGAUUUCCUGGAAUGUCUACUGUUUGGUGCGCUUAUAUCAGCCACAGAUCCAGUGACCAUUCUGGCUAUCUUUCAUGACCUCCAUGUGGACGUGGAUCUUUAUGCAUUGGUGUUUGGUGAAAGCGUGAUGAAUGACGCUGUUGCUAUUGUAUUGUUUAGGUCUAUAGAGUCUUAUCUCCUUGAUAAUGCAUCCGGUGUGUUCCAAGUUGACAAGUUCUUCUCUUCUGUCGGGGUCUUCAUUGGAGUGUUCUCUGGUUCAUUCUUCCUAGGAUUUCUAAUGGGGCUUGUCACUGCUCUUAUAACAAAACUUACCAAAAUAUCAGACUUCCCACUUCUAGAAACUGCACUGUUCUUUUUGCUUUCUUGGUCAACCUUCUUAAUGGCAGAAGCAGCAGGAUUAACAGGAAUUGUGGCAGUUCUAUUUUGUGGCAUUUCACAAGCUCAUUAUACUUACAACAAUUUAUCUGAUGAGUCUAAACACAAUACAAAACAGAUUUUUGCCCUUCUAAAUUUUCUGGCAGAAAACUUCAUAUUUUCAUACAUGGGUCUUUCUGUGUUUACAUUUGAAUAUCACCAAUGGAAGCCUGGAUUUAUAGCCUGGUGUUUUAUAGGGAUAGCCAUCGGCAGGUUUCUCAACAUUUACCCACUAUCAUUUCUACUUAAUCUGGGGAGAAAUAGAAAAAUCCCUUACAAUCUUCAACACAUGAUGUUCUUCUCAGGUCUUCGAGGUGCUGUUGCCUUCGCUCUAGCCAUGCGUAACACCGAGUCUGUCCCCAGACAGAUGAUGCUUACUACUGUACUCAUGAUUGUUCUAAUCACUGUCGUAAUCAAUGGGGGCUCUACCCUAUCUGUACUCUCUUACCUCAAGAUCAGAGUGGGCGUCAAUCCCGAGGAGGAGGAGCAGCCCAAGUUUUUACCGGUCUGCACUGAGGAAGGUGGUGAUUUGCGAGCACAGACUGCACAGUUUGAGAGAGCCUGGAUCUUCCGGUUGUGGUACAACUUCGAUAUCAAGUACAUGAAGCCGCUGUUCACAGGUGUCGGGCCACCGCUAAAGGAUGUGCUUCCAGGGUGCUGUCAACCUCUGGCCAGGAUACUAGACAACAGGGACUUUGAGGCUAAGCCUGCGUCCGAAAUGCCGAGUGAUGAAGACCUGGUGGUGGUGGAGGGGGAGCUGGAAUUUCGCCGAAAUCAGGAGAUUAUGAUUCGGCCGAGCAGUGACAGUUUUCACGCCCCUAAUGACACUAUGGACAUGGACGAGGGGGACCUGGGACUAGGCGCUAUCAACCCAGCCAGGAUAUGAGCGUGUAGUCCUGGGGGCUAGUGUAAUUAUGUAAAGUAGACAACAAUCAGUUAGCUCAUUAAAUCAAUUUAAGGUUGGAGCAUGCAGCGAUUCAGGACUUUGGGGCGUCACAAAAUGGUCGUACCGGCGUGACAGAUUGUAAGAGUAAAUGGUUCCUAAUUUUCUUUUGUCCUCCAUUGUUAACGAUCAAAAAAAUUCAAAUAAAUCGUUGGCAACAGUUUAUAUAGUUUUAAUUUAGAGCCUUGACAUUAGUUUUUUAUUGUAACUUCAAUCCAUGUGAAAUAAUUAUGUACAGUACCUUGAUUCAAACGAAAUGAAUACCCCCAAGUAGUAUAGUGCGUACUGUUUAAGUAGCUUUUUUACGAUAGCUGGUUACGUCACGUCGGUUACAGUAGUGUAUAUUCUGUGUUUACUUGUUCAAUAUGUGUUUACUAAAUCUCUUAAUUUAGCUCGAACUUGUCACAGAAUUUAUAUUCAUAUAUAUGACCUAUAUAUAUUAGCCAUUUAAUAAAACUUUUAUCAUUCCUA